AUGUUCAAUGUUACCAUCAUUGAACAAAAAAUUGGCGACCGACAGGGACAAGAGGCAGGGAUAGGUUUCGGGGACGUCGUCAACGAGCUUGAUAAAAAGUACGACGCCACGGGCCUCCAGGAAGCAAUACAGAACAACGCUCGUCGAAUAAUAUACUAUCAGCAACCAGAUGGACUUAUGUACAGACUUUUGCGUGCCAAUUUUGACGGCUUACCGUCUGCCGACCUCCUCAUCGGUGCUGACAGAAUACAUUCUACCAUUCGCCAGCUGGUCGGCGCCCCAACUGGGCGAUAUGCUGGCUAUGUCUCUUUGAGAGGCACCAUCAAUGAGCAAGAGUUAUCACGGCAGACUUGCGAAUACUUCUCAGACUACGUUGUACCAACCGAUGAUAGAAACUUCACACCGGGGGAACGGCUUAUCAACUUCGUUUGGUACUAUAACAUCGCUGAUUCCUCUGCCGAAAUGAACGACGUCUUUAGUGACAUAAAUCGCAAGCACCAUCGGAAGACGGUACCAGUCGGCCUUGUUAGACUAGGAAUUUGGGAAAAGGUUCGGGGACCAAUUCAAAUCGCCGAACCUUUUGCUGAGGUUCUUGCAAAGGUGAAAAGUCCUUUUGUUACCAAUAUCAAUGACUCUAUCAGGGGCUGCGCCUACUUCUACGACGACAAAGUUGUCCUGGUAGGUGACGCCUUUGCAUCCUUCCGACCUCAUGUCGCAGCUGCUACUGAACAGUGCGCCUACCACAGCAACUCCCUCGAGCGAGUCUAUGUAGGGCAGAAGACUCACGAGACCUCGGAAGAUGACGUACGCCGAUAUGCACGCCAGAUGAUUCUGCUCAACCGCAUCAUUGGAUACCUUGGGCGCAGUGCAUUCUUUUCUUUGUUUAAAUCCUUGACCUCUUAUAUUAUAUUCGUACUGUGGCAGAAGCUUGGUCGCAGAAAGGUUCCUUAA